AUGUUCAAGGCUCAUAGCACUAGGGCAGCAGCGAAAUCAGCUGCCUCUAGCAAUAUUCCUGUAAAGGCAUUACUACUUCGGCUUGCUAGUGAUUGCACAGCUUCGAAGUCUCAUUGUGACUCCCUAGUGACAAUCGAAGAGGAUAAAACAAAUCUAGAGAAGAAAGAAGAGACAUGUUGGACGAAAAAGAGAUUUGCUCUUUGGGAUGUCUUCACAAAUUCGACAAGUGUCAACUUAGAAAAUGUAAAAGAUUUAGUCGAAAAUGGAGCUCAUGUAAACAGUACUACAAAUUUCGGUAAAACUGUGCUCUUUGUUGCUGUGAGAUCUGGUUUUGUUGAGAUCACAAAAUAUUUAGUGGAACAUGGUGCUGAUGUUAAUAAGAAAGAUUAUUUUGGCUCGACACCUCUCAGCGAUGCUGUAAAAUCCUACUCAUUGGAAAUGGUCAAAUAUUUAGUAGAACAUGGUGCUGACGUCGGUGGGAAAGACAAUCACGACAGACCCCUUCUCUUCUAUGCUGUAAAAUACGACUCACCAGAUAUUUUCAAAUAUUUAGUGGAACAAAGUGGUGAUAUAAAUUGGACUGAUCAUAAUGGAAAGCCACUUUCUUAUUAUGCUGUAAAAUAUCGGUCGUUAAAUACUGUUAAAUUUUUAAUAGAACAAAGUCUGGAUGUGAAUUGGAAAGAUCGUGACGGGAAACCAUUUCUCUACUAUGCUGUCGAAUAUGAUUCAUUAGACGUUCUCAAAUAUUUAGUGGAAAUACAUGGGGUUGAUGUCAAUUGGAAAGAUGAUAACGGUAGAACACUUCUGAACUAUGCUGAAGAGUUUCUUUCAUCCCAGAUUGUUGAAUAUUUAUUGAAACUUGGUGGUAAAGAUAAAGGGAUGCCUUAUACCUGCAUUGUUUGUGGAAGCAAGAGUAAGAAUAAUAAGGAAAACGAGGAGCAAAUAGAGCAUAUAGCCUACCACAGGUUUCCCCUAAAGAAUAAGCAGCUGUUAGAAAAAUGGGAGGAAGUGGUCAAGAGGGUGAGAAGUGAUGGGAAUGGAUGGAGAGCAACACGCCAUAGUUUCAUUUGCAGCAAACACUUUGAAAAGGAUGAUUACAUUCAACUUCCAACAGCCAAAACAGCUUCAUGCAGGCUUAAAAGAAAUGCAAUACCUUCAUUGUUCAAAAUUGAACCGUUUUCACGUCCCAUCCCACUCGAAGCUACAAGACGGCUACAAGAGGGAUGCAAUCACAUACCAGUGUAUACAGGACAGAAGCGAAGCAGGCAGCAGGACACCCCACAACCAGCAAAAGUACAUAUAAACAAAGACUAUGAAAAGGCCUUCAGAAACAACAAUGCAGAAAUAUCCAAUAAGCAAUUGAAAUCAAAAAUAAGAAACUUACAGCAACAGUUACGGCGAUGCAAAUCAAAAAUUGCCAACAUGUCAGAUGUGAUCAACAGCUUAGAGCAGAACUUGAUUGUCAAAACUGAAAUUGCCGACAGAUUACACGCUUCAUUUGACAAAUUACAGCUAUCCAUUUUCCACAAUGCCAAAAACAAUACCACUGUCUCCCCAUGUGGAAGACGAUACACUGAUGACAUCAAAGAAUUCUCUCUAACAUUGCAUUAUUAUUCAUCCAAGGCAUAA